AAAAUUUACAAGUAGUUCAAGUAUUGAGGAAACGUGGAACUUUUGAACUUGGAACUGAUAAAACAAAGUCACCUUUAGCGGUAGCCAUAAACUUAAACAGCGUCAGCAUCGCGAAGUACCUAAUUGAAAGCGGCGCGAAAGUGGUAGACGAGCUCGAGUCGGAAAUUUCGACUAUUAUUGAUCUCUUGAAGCGGAAUUAUACAGAGAUGAUUAAAUUACUGACAGAGAAUGGAGCUAGAUUGGACGAGUGUGAUUCCGAUGGCGAGACAGUUCUGACAACUGUAAAAAGGGAAAAUUUUGACAUGGCGAAGUACUUUGUAGAACGAGGAGCCAGUGUCAAUCAAGCUAAUGCGGAGGGUUUAACACCACUAGUUAUCGCCGAAGCUAACAAUGAUUUUCAAACUUUCCAGUUUUUGGUGGAUAAUGGGGCUAAGAUAACUGAGGAGGACCAAGAGGAAAGUCCGAAACUGGCCCGGUACUACCGAAUGGCGAAAGAGAAUAGUUUGAAAGCGGGGAAGACAAACCAAGAAAUUGGUUCGAAUCAAGAAGAUGCCGACGAGUGAACGCAAGUUUAAUUUCAGUGUAAUUUCGUUUUUGGUUUAAUAUAGAAGUAGAUUUUUUGAUUUGGUGUUUAAAUUUAUGUUGUACUUUUAUUGUACCAACUGUUGAACUGUCAGUAAUGUUACUAGCAGUUGAAGUUGUAAUACCGUUUUAGUACUCGAGCUUAAAGGUUGUUGUUAGUACCACAUGUGUUUAAUUGGUUGCCAGAACUUUGGUUAUCAGCAUAAACAAAAAUGAUUGUGAUAGCUACGAGAGGUUAUGUGAUGAAAACCAUUGAAAACCUACAAAACAACAAUUAAAAAUAUAAACUGUUCUAGUGGAACUUCGUCUGCGGAAAAAUGUCAGUAUCUAGCGAGGAAAUAUUAAAAAGUCUAGAAAAAAAUGAUCCAACGUAUUUUUCUAACUGCAGCGUAAAUACUAAGUACUAUGGCAGUGGUACUUUCAACGUAAACAGUCAGUGUAACAAUGGUAGCACUUACUUCACGUGGGCUGUAAGGAAAUCAAAUUUACAAACAAUAACUCAUUUACUAGCAAAAGGUGCUGAUAUUGAUAAGAGAGAACUAGGAGGUGCCACACCUCUCUUGCUAGCUAUAUAUCUAAACCGUUUAGAAAUAGUCCAGUGUUUAGUUAGAAGAGGUGCAGACGUCAAGUUGCGAGAUUCGUACGAAACGCCUUUAACAGCCGCUGUCCAAGUAGGAAAUCUAGAGAUGGUAGAAUUUCUAAUAGACAACGGUGCUGACCCCAACGACUGCGAUAUCAGAGGAACACCGCCUCUAAUUAAAGCCAUCAAAGAAAAUAAAUUGGCCAUCGUGGAUCUUUUUUUCAAAAAACAAAUAGGUGACGUCGUCGUCGACUCAGAAAGAAAUACGCCUCUGGUGGCCGCUAUUCGAAACAAUUCUUCACUAGAUGUUAUACGGUGCUUGCUGGGGCAUAACGUAAUCGUGAACUUUACAAAAAAUGAGAAGACGCCUUUAGCAUGGGCUGCCCUGACCGGAAAUGUCGAGGUACUCCAACUCUUGUUAAGCAACAAAGCUGACAUUAACUUAGUGGACAGGGACGGCAAUACGCCUUUAGCAACCGCCGUCCAGUAUAAACAGUCUGAGGCUGCAAAAUUCCUCACCAACAACAAAGCCAACGUUUGUAAAGAGGGCGAAAAGGGAAAGUCCCCGCUUUUUUGGGCAGUUUUGAACCAGGAUUUUGAAAUGAUAACGUGGUUAUUGGAUCACGGGGCCGAAUAUAUCGUCCAUAAGGUGUUUUCAAUUGGCAUUGAGACGAAAAAUUUGGAAAUCGUGAAACUGUUGAAAGAAAGAGGAGGGUUCGACUUGGAAAAUUAUGACAACGGCGACGAGUUUCCACCUUUGGCGGUGGCAAUAGACAGCGAAUGCGUAGAAAUUGCAAAGUACCUUAUUGAAAAUGGCCAAAAUGUAAUAUACGAUCUUCCACAAGUAGACAAUCUGAAAGUAAUCGAGUUUUUGCAAAGCGGUAAUAUUGACAUGGUGAAACUGUUAACGGAAAAUGGCGCCAGAUUGAACGAAUACACUUAUUUUGGUGACACGGUUUUUACGACAGCUGUAGAAAUGGAAAAUUUUGAUAUGGUCAAGUACUUCGUAGAUCAGGGGGCUGAUGUUAAUAAGGCGAACGAGAAGGGUUUAACCCCGCUAGUUCUUGCGAAAUCCAGCAAUAAUUUCCAAAUUUUUCAGUAUUUGGUGGGAUGUGGAGCUGAGAUUAGCAAAGAGGACGAAAAUGCAAAUCCGACAUUGGCUAGGUAUUACCGAAUGGCACAAGAAAGCAUAGCGAAAAGAAGAAAAGUUUGUUAUGAGGGUAAAUCUAACCAGGAAGAGGCACUGGACUAAAUUUGAACGUAUUUACAAAGUAGUGCGAUGUUUUUUAUGUUCUUUUUAAUAUAAAGCAACCAACUAGCAAAAA